UAAGUCUAAUAUUACAUAAGCAUAACUACCUCUACAUUGAAUGCAUUUUUUAGACUGACAUCGAAAACACAUGUAUUGACUGAAAUCUUUUGAAGACAUAAUCGGUCGGUAAUCUAGUGGUCAAACCAGUGGUCAAUCAGUGCUUUCGUAAUUAACCGAAUCAGCGGCCAAAACGCCUGCUUGAAUGUGAUGUGUAAGAAGUGUCCGUUUCGGUGAUUGUGUUCACUGUUUUGGUGUUUUGUUUAUUUUUUUUGUAAAAAGUUAUUUACCGAUCAAAUUAUCCGACAAAAUAAGUGGUCGAUCACUGAAUAUAAAAGACAUGACAACUAUGACAACAAUAGCAUUAAUCAAUGGCCACUGUUUGCGACAUUUAAGACAAAUAUCGAGACUAAACUUUCGUUCACAUUCGUGGCCACGAUUGGCGACGACAUUGUGCACCCGAAAUGGGCCACUGAUAGCGGCCACUGCCGGCUGUCGUCAUUUUCAAACAGGACAUCCAUUGAAUGCCAGUAAAGACUAUUACGAAACAUUAGGUGUUGACCGAAGUUCUUCUCAGAAGGACAUCAAGAAAGCGUACUAUCAGUUGGCCAAGAAAUACCAUCCGGACACCAAUAAGAACGACCCGUCGGCUUCCAAACGGUUUCAGGAUGUGUCCGAAGCUUAUGAAGUGUUAGGUGAUGAGGGAAAACGCCGUCAAUACGAUCAAUAUGGGUCGGCCGCGUCCAGUAUGGGUGGUGGAGCCGGAUCUCAAGGUUUUAGCGGUUUUCAGGGCUUCCACUCAAACAUAGAUCCCGAAGAGUUGUUUCGCAAUAUUUUCGGUGAUUUUUCGAAAGGUUUUGGCGGACAGUCAACAAACGAAGGCUUUGAUUUUGAUUACGGAGCGCCACAAGAGAUACAAAUGAGUCUCAGUUUUAAAGAGGCCGCCAAAGGAUGUACUAAAGAAAUUAAUAUUAGUGUUGUCGAUACCUGUCCUAAAUGUAACGGUUCCCGAUGUGCUGAAGAUCACAAGCCAGUCAAAUGUCCCUAUUGUCAGGGAACAGGUAUGGAGACAAUAUCUACCGGUCCUUUUGUUAUGCGAUCGACGUGUCGUAUGUGUAAAGGCACCCGUCUAUACAUUAAGCAUCCGUGUCGUGACUGUGGCGGCAAAGGCACAACACAGCAGCGGAAAAAAAUUCAAAUACCUGUGCCGGCAGGUGUUGAUGACGGUUCAGUCAAACGGAUGCAAAUUGGAAAUAAAGAAUUGUUUAUAACAUUUCGUGUCUCCCGAAGUGAUUACUUUAGACGUGACGGCGCAGACAUACAUACCGACACUGAGAUAUCGUUAGCUCAAGCAAUACUCGGCGGUACUGUCAAUGUUGGCGGUCUCUAUGAAGAUGUUACACUUAAGAUACCAUCGGGAACCAGUUCACACAGUAGAAUACGUUUGUCUGGUAAAGGUAUCCGACGAGUCGAUAGCUAUGGUUAUGGUGACCAUUAUAUUCAUCUCAAGAUUAGAGUACCACAAAAAUUAUCGCCAAAACAAAAAGCUUUAGCACUUGUUUUGGCCGAAUUGGACGAAACCAAUUUGACCUCAAAAGGCACUACAAAUGGUAUAAUUGAAACCCGAAGUGGACGGGUAGCUGAAGGCGAUGCCGAACACGAAGAGUUAGUUAAUAAUAUUAGGAAUGCAUUGGAAGAGACCGACGGAGAGGAGUCGGAUAGAGACAGAGCGGCCGAUAAAAAGGAUUAAAAACAUUUGAUUAGUUUAUAAUUAUUAUUAUUGUGUUAUAAUUUGUUAUAUAAAUUUAAUAUU